GUAAAUACUUCCCAGUGAAAAAAGACUGUGGCUUAGUCAUUGAGCUCAACGCAAGCAGACCCAUGGCCGUCUUCACCUCGCCUAAUUAUCCCAAUAAUUACGACAACCUCAUUGAGUGUUUCUACACUAUACGGAGUCCAGUCAACACCACCAUCCAGCUGAACUUUCAUGACUUUGAAGUGGAAGGUUCGGGUUCCAGCUGUGACGACUCUGUUCAGGUCAAGCAGGCAAAACUAGGAUGGCAUGCCAAAAGCUACUGCGGCUCGACGAUGGAGGCGACCUACCAGAGUACAGAGAACAUGAUGCAAGUCAUUCCUGAGAACAAGUGAUGCUGGUCAGCGUCGAGGGUUCAGCGCCUCGGUCACCUACAUCUCGUUGUCCGACUACUGUUACAAUGAUGACGUGGACGGGAAGAACUACAGAGGCACAGUCAACUUCACCAAAAGCUUCAAGCGUUGUCUCCCCUGGAACAUUACAACGUCAUGUCCGCACAACUCUUUCUGGCCAGAUGAUGUCACCGAUGGGCUUGUCUCCAACUUCUGCCGAAACCCAGGAGACGGCCUCCAGCCUUGGUGCUACACCGACCUGAAUGGAUGCGUCAGGGACUAUUGUGAUGUUUGCCUCUAUGGCCGCCCAUACGACACUGCAGAUGACUGCGCUACCUACAAGAAUCAGGGUCUGUGCCCACAAAAUAUUCCGUUGUCACGAGAAAAAUGUGCUCACACCUGCAGUGACCAGCUGCCGCAGCUGACAGCUCCCCCACCGUACAAGCAGCAGACGUGUCCAGCACCACAGGUGCCACUGGAUGCCAGUCCCAGCGCUCCACUGCUCAGCCGUUACAAUGUGGACGACGAGGUGACGUUCCAGUGCAGGUUCAACACCGACAACGUGACGUCACGCUGUUUGUCGGACGGCACGUGGAGCGCCAGUGGCUACGUCUGUGGACAAUGUCCAUUAGGCUGGAUGCCUUACUCUCAAGGCUCCCUGGGGCCCGGAUGUCUUAUCUUCUUCAGCGACUACUACCUCCCUUACUCCAACAAUGCUCUGAGGUGCGCCCUGAGCGGUGCAGUGCUUGCAGAGCCCCGGACACUGGACGCCGCAAACUUCCUGGCUUACGGCAGAAAUACUGGAGAGCCUGUGUGGACUGGACUGUCCAGAGAUGCUAAUGGAGACCUCCGCUGGCAGGAUGGCUCCUUACCUGUCUACACCAACUGGGCACCUGGUCAACCAGACAACACGCCGGAUAAGAAGUGUGUUGUCAUGGACACCACCAUGCUUUGGAGGACCGACUUCUGCAACGCCACCUACCAAGCCGCGUGCUUUCGGCCUCAGCUUCAGUGUCCUUACGGGUAUCAGUAUUACGAGGGUGGUCUCGGGUGUAUACGGGCGUCCACUGCAGCCAAGACUUUUGAUGCUGCCGACCAAGAAUGUCGGGCAGAGGGCGCUGUUCUGGCGCGACUUCCUCGCCUGGAUGCUGUUUCUUAUUUCGCCAACUUCCGGACAGGACAGUCGGACUUCUGGGUGAACGUGAAGAACGUCAGCAGCGGAGUCGCGUGGAGCCUGCGAGAUACAAUAGGACAACGCAUUCCUUACUCGGGUACCGGCGUCUGUCACCAUGGAACAAACAAACAUUCCGUUCAUGAAGUCUUGUCCAAUGUACCCAACGACAAGUGUACCCGGAUUGCUGUUGCCAACGGCAAAGCAUGGACACCAAGUCUCUGUAACAGCACUUACCAGUUCUUCUGUGAGAGGUCGAAAGUCCAAUGUCCCUUCGGCUACGCGGCGGUGGCGAGUGAGAACGGAGUGACUGAGUGUUACCUGUACACAGGCUUGAGAAACAACAUCUCCCUUGCCACAGCCUACUGCAACUCCCUGGGGAACAUUCUGGCAGAGGCAAAGACAGCCAGCGCCAGCUCCUUCAUCUCAUAUUUCCGGGGCGACAGUAUAGCAAUAUGGUUUGGACUGAGAUACAAUUCAGCUGUAAAAAACUGGGUGUGGUCAAAUGGAAUGGUCGCCACCAACCAACCUUGGAAAGGAGGGUAUGCUAACGGCUAUUAUGUGAGUGGUCAAGACUGCGCUACAAUACAAGCCGGUUGGUGGACUGGCAGGACUUGCAAAUCCAUCUACUACUUCUACUGCUCCACACCACUAGAGUGUCCGGAGGGUUUCGUCUCCUACCUAAGUGGAAGAGGUUGCUACUGGAAGUCUGAUCAGAAAAUGAACUACACGAGCGCUCUGUCCACGUGUACAUCUAAAGGUUCCAUCCUGGCCGAGGCCCGUGAUGAUGUGGCAAACCAGUUUUUUGGAAGCUUGUGGCCGGGAAGCGAACCCUACAUUGGCCUUACUAAGAGAUCAAAUGGCUCGUGGGUGUGGCAAGAUGGCUCCAAUACCAGCAUCUACAGCAACUACUCUGCAGGUCGACCGUACACCGGCAACUUGGGGCUCAACUGCACCAUCAUCACCAACAGCCUCGGGUGGCAGGACUCCAACUGCUCUGAUGCUCGAUACUUCGCCUGCACUAAAGACCAAACUCCCAAAAAGAUUUGCGCAGACUUCACUUCUGACUGCAAGAGUUGGGUCAACGACAUUCCCAACUUCUGCAGCCUGCCUGAGAAAUCCUACAUGGCCUACUACGUGUGCCCUUUGACCUGUGGCAUUUGCAGAAGGCCAUGUCCUGAAGGCUACACCCAGGUGGGGUACAACGGGGACUGCUACCGGUACUACGGUGACCCCAUGACCUACUCAGAUGCUCAGCAACAGUGUGCUGCUGAUGGCGCCGUCCUCUACCCCGCCAAGACCGCAUCCGACCUUCUCUUCCUGCUGUCAUUCAGUCAGAACUCGUCAGGAGUCUGGGUGGGUCUGACGGACUCUGCCACGGAAGGCACCUGGAAGUAUUCCGAUGACACUCUGAUGACAGAUUCCUCCCUGUGGAUGAGUGGUGAGCCAGACAACGUGUACCAAGGCAUCACACCUUGUAACUGCGCCACAGCCAGUCUCCCUGCAAACCUCAUGGACUACCCUUGUGGUCAGAAGCAACCCUUUGUGUGCAAACGUGCCUACGACCCUAUGUAGCCCAGAAUGUUCUCAGGUGUCUACUCGACAAGGUCCUCACUAAAAUGUUCACUUUCACCUCCAAAUCACGCUUGGAAUCCUUGGAGAAUGUUUCCAAACGGUUGUAAUAAAAAAAAACAACAAACGACAAUAAAAUAAUAUUUUGUUCUCUUU